AUGAAUCGAAACGACGCAAAGCGAGAAAUCCUACUUCUACUCCUAACCGAGAUUCAAAUCCGUCAACCGCGAAUUGGUUAUCACCUACUCUACUUUCUUACUGUCAGGUCUGACUCUACCUUUGUUCUUUGUAACCUGUUUUUCUACUGCUCUUUUAGUAACAAUAUCAAUGAUGAGAAAAUGAUCGCCUACAAGAAUUUCUGUGCAAGUUCAGAGAAUUCUAGUCUUUUAGAGUGUCUUCAUCGCGAUUUGCAGCUACUUGCUGAAGACAACGGAUUUCUUUUCUGCUAUCUCCUACCUAACAUUUACAAUGUUUUCACUUCGGAGAUCGGCAAUAAGGCCCGGUUUAUUCGUCUUAUUGUGAGCCAGGCGGAUUCUUAUCAAGUGAAUUAUCUCAUCAGUGAAAUUCUUCGUGGACAUCUUAAUCUCUUCCCUCGAUCAGACAUUUCCGAAGUGCUCAGUCGAGCACUGGGAAAUACAGUCUACACAAGACAUAACCGACGCCUCAAUUAUCGUACACGCGUUUCAUCGCCUUUACCAAGGCACAAUGGAUUGCUGUAA